AUGGGCUAUGCUUCCACGAAUGUUCCAGCAUAUUCCAAUGAAAAUGACACUUAUGUAUCGUAUGAAUCUCAUUAUUUGUAUGGAGUGUAUAUGGGAAUGAAAUGGCAAUGUGUGGAAUAUGCUCGUCGAUGGUUAUUUAUACGUAAAGGUUGUGUUUUUAAAAGUAUUGUAGGAGCUGCUGAUAUAUGGACAGAAGUGGAUAGUGUGCAAAGAGUUAUUGAUGGAAAAUGUUUUCCCUUAAAAAAACAUCCUAAUGGUUCUCCAUUACCACCAAAAAAUGAAUCAUUACUUAUUUAUACACGUUCAGGAAUUGAUAUGCUUUACGGACAUGUUGCUAUGAUUGUUGAUAUUCUGCCUGAUUUUAUUCGAGUUGCAGAAGAAAAUUAUGAUUUUUCUUAUUGGUCAAGAAAUUACUCUCGAGAAAUUCCAUAUCGAAUGAUUAAUGGAAGUUAUUACGUCGAAGAUGAAUAUCCUGUUUUUGGUUGGAUGACCGUCGAAGAUAAUAAUCAAGCAAAACCACUAGAUGAAGCAACAAUAAAUAUUCUCAUCAAAUUAAAUGGCUCACUAUUUGAUUUAGACUUGUCCAUUGAAAUGAUUUAA